UAAAAGAGGGAGAGACAGAAAGAAGAGUUCAGGCCGCGCUCACGAAUUUGAAAAAGUACCUUAAGAAAACUCAAUUCCCUUCUCCUGUCAAUACGACGACGUCCCCCUCGGCAAAUUCGCAGCGGCGAUGGAAGAGGGUGAAGGGAGCUCGGAGAUGGAGGUCACGAAUAUCGAUACCGCCGCCGAGUCACUAGAUAGCUCCGCCGUUUUCCACGUCGUCAUCGACAUCCUCGGAUUCAUUCUGUUCAUGCAUCAGCAAAUCCCCUCAGUACUUCAGGAUAUGACCAAGGAAUUCGAUGAAUUGCGCACGGAGUUGGAAGAAUUGGAAGUUGAGCCGGCGAAAAGCGAAGUGAAGUCAGUAUCGACAAGGAGAAAGCAGGCUGCGAGGAAGAGAGAGGUGAAAAUGGGGAUAAGAAGGUUGGAAAAGUUGAUGAAUUGCAUUUCUAAUCUCAAGACUGCACUUCAGUUGAUGAUUGCAGAAGCUCCGAAUGUUGAGAAAAUUUCUCUGGUUCUAGGACCUAGUCCUCUAAGGCCGUUGCAUGUUUAUGAACUGAGUUUUUCACACUGGAGGGCUGUUUCAGGGGAUUUUUGUCGAAGUAAAGUUGCAGAAACUCUUUCUAGAAAGGCGAUUCGCACAAUGAUAUCAAGGGGUGUUGGAUCAGAUUCAUGUGCUGGUCCUACAAAACUGUUUCUCUUGGUGAAAGCUCCCUCUUACAUUGAUUUGCCUUUGCACUUUCUUCCCAAGCGUGGGUUACGACAAAAUAGGAAGACGGUGCCUUUUAGAUUAAGGUUCAGGUGCAGAACCCGAGUCCUGGGAGUGAAUGCUCAACCCAGCUCUGUUGGAUUACUGGAUUCUACAUCAAAGGAUUUAAUCUGGUUUCAGUGUCGGCACACAAUCAAGGGCUUGGCUUCCAGGACCUCAACUCCAGAAGAUUGAUUGUUUAGUAUCGCAGAAUUUGUAGCAUGGCUGGACAUGUUCUGAUGAAUUUGCAGAAAAACGAUUCUUGCUACAAUUUACAGCACGAUGAGCUGUAUCCUGUUUGCUCUUUGUAACAGAAUCGUUAGCUUACAUUCACUACAGUACACUGUUAGCUUCCUUGAAAUUGAAAGGGGAGGUUGUUCGGAAAAGAAGUUCAUUGUAAUAGGAAAUAUCCUCACCCUUUUCAUGCUUUUAUCAUUUGAUUUCUUCUAUUAAUAUCUGAGACAAACUGAUAACAGGAGUUUUAGUUUGAUGUGUUAUAUGAUAAAUAGGAAACAAGAAAAGUUUAUAAGA